AAAAUCAUCAAAUCCAGUAACCCUUCUUCCCCGUCUCAGAAUUCCGAAAGGAUUUGCCCCCUUCUUUCUCCAAGUUGGAACCCUAGCGGCCUAGCCCCUUUGUCCCCGUCUCUGUUCCCGGCGACCGAGGACGAUAGUCUGAGUAUUAAUAUCCCUGCUUCCUUCCACUUCUCCGUUUCUCUUCCCAUCGGUUGUUGAAAACUCCAACAAAGGCGAUUGCAGUGGCAGUUUAGGGCAAUUGCAGAGGUGGAAAGGCGAGUUACUGCUCCUCUUCUCCAAUGAGUCACUAUAUAAGGGUAUUUAGUUGAGCCCUCACACCGGUUUCCGCUUCUUCUUCUCCUUCUACGUUCGUCCAGCUAGUCUAUCUCUUCUCUGUCUCCGUCUCUCAGCUGUCCUAUGAAAAGAAGAUACUGUGAAUAAAUCAACAGUUUGCUUCAUUUGGACUUCCGUUCUCAGCUUUCCCAAUGGCAUCCAAUUUCUGGACUUCCUCUCACUGUAAACAGCUUAUGGAUCAGGAAGAGGUGGAUGUGGUGCCAGCGCUUGAUAGGGAAAGGGGCCUCACUCUUGAGGAAUUCAAGCUAAUUAAGAUGCACAUGGCAAAUUAUAUAUGGAAGCUUGCUCAAAAUGUUAAAGUUCGGCAAAGGGUUGUUGCUACUGCAGUUACUUAUAUGAGACGCGCCUACACAAGAAAGAGUAUGACAGAGUAUGAUCCACGUCUAGUGGCUCCAACCUGCUUGUACUUGGCAUCUAAAGCAGAAGAAAGCACAGUGCAGGCUAGACUUCUUGUAUUUUACAUCAAAAAAUUAUAUACGGAUGAUAAGUAUCGGUAUGAGAUCAAAGACAUCCUUGAGAUGGAAAUGAAGAUUUUAGAAGCCCUUGACUAUUAUUUGGUUGUUUACCAUCCUUACCGUUCUUUGUCUCAGUUACUCCAGGAUGCUGGUAUGACAGAUUUAACUCACUUAUCUUGGGGUCUUGUCAAUGACACCUACAAGAUGGAUGUUAUUCUCAUCUAUCCACCAUACAUGAUUGCAUUAGCCUGCAUACACAUUGCAAGUGUACUCAAAGAAAAAGACUCCACUGCAUGGUUUGAAGAGCUCCGCGUUGAUAUGAAUGUGGUGAAGAACAUUUCAAUGGAGAUACUAGAUUUCUAUGAUAGCCAAAAAUCGAUCACAGAUGAGAGGAUGAAUGCUGCCCUUAACAAGCUAGCUUUAAAGUAAUUGGCCAAGCAAUUAUUUCAGAGACUCAGGAUCCGGGAUUGGAGCAAAAGUUGGCCAUGUUAAUAGAGCUGUAUAAUUUUAAAACUACUGGCAAAAUGUUCCGUGUCCAAGCACAAAAACUUGAAUUCUUCGAUAGGGUAUUACACCUUUUCAUCUUGAUGCUUCCCAAAAGGUAAUGAUGUGGUUAAAUACACUGUUGCUGAUUUUUACAUAUGGUAAUACAAUGAAAUUUUCACAAGUUCAUCUGUGAAACCCUUUGGAAGUGUGUUCUAGAUUAAAAAAAUAUAAAUAUAAUAAUUUGAUUGGAAUUUUUUUCUUCU